CGCGCGCGACAUUCGGUCAUGAACGUAAAAAUAACCAAGAAAGAAACAAGGUCCCUAAAAUGGGUGACCCAGACAUUAAUGGGACGGUACAAAACAUCACAAAAAACUCGGAUGAUGUAAUCAUACAUUGGAAGGAGUGCUCUAUUGUUGAUUCAGUUGCCAAAAAGAAAAAAAAAGAGUUAAAAACUGCAAGUGGUCCGUGCAUGUGGUCAAGAUCAUUGCAUUUGGAGGUUAGUAUACAAAUAAAAAAAAAAAAAUAUUUUGCUAGUACAUAAGUAAAUUUGGACUGGUUAGAUUGGAUUAUAAUUUUAGACAGGUUCUCAUCAUAGAGAUUUAGUACAUACAUCUCGGCAGUAAAUAUUUAUUUGAAUAUUACGAAUGAUGUCGAAAUAUUCUCAAAAGAAUUAAUUUCUCAAGAAUUAAUUUAACAAAAUAUUUUUGUCCUGCACCACUGUGAUUAGGUCUGUUCUUUUUAGUUGAACUUGUUGUGCAGUUCAGCUUUUCCCUCUUCUCUCAUUUUCCCUUCACGUUGAAAAGAAGAAGAGACGAUGAACCGUUCAAGAAAAUUUCAUCUUAAAAGAACAGACCAAUCGAUUAUACUUUAAAAUUUUUAUUAAUAAAUGUGUGCCGUUUUUUGCAAUAAAUGCCACGUCAUGCAUGCAAUAAUACUUUAUAAACACGUGGUGUUGAUAACGAUUAUUCGACAUCAGUCUCUAACGAGUCACGUGCAAGAGUUGCCACACUUUCGCACUUAACGAAUAUUCAGUAUCUUUGUAUUUCCUCGAAGAAGUGCCAAACAUGUACUCGUCGAUACUUCGAUCCAUUCUGCGCCGCACGCAGCAGAAACUGACUGCGACGCGCCAACUACAUUUACACACGUCGCGUCUUCAGCACCACACAGGCCCACUGACACAGUUUACAGACGACGAGCUCAUGACAAAGGAAAUGGUCGCCAAGCUGGCUAAGCAAGAGAUUGCUCCUCUCGUACGAAAAAUGGAAAAGGAGGGGAAACUAGACGAUGGUCUGUUUCAGAAACUCUUCGAGAAUGGCCUGAUGGGUAUAGAAAUCCCGACGGAAUACGGUGGAACGGGCAGCAACUUUAUGAGCACGAUUCUAACUAUCGAAGAAAUUUCUAAGGUCGAUAUGGCAGUGUCCGUACCUGUCGAUAUCCACAAUACUUUGACGAACUCGUUGAUUCUCAAAAUCGGAUCUGAAGAACAAAAGCGGAAGUACUUACCUAGACUAGCUCGGGAUUCCUUGAGUAGUUUCUGCCUAACGGAACCUGGUUCAGGAUCGGACGCGUUCUCUCUAAAAACUGAGGCGAGGAAGGUGGGUGCCGAGUACGUGAUCAAUGGCACGAAGAUGUGGAUAUCCAAUUCCGAUAUAGCGCAAAUUUUUUUGGUUUUUGCCAACGCGGAUCCCUCGGCCGGUUACCGUGGCAUCACAACCUUCCUCGUGGAUCGCGAUACGCCCGGUUUGACGGUAGACAAGCCUGAGGACAAGAUGGGUAUCAGAGCAUCGGGCACUUGCAUGGUGCACUUCGACGAUGUUAAGAUACCUGAGGGUAAUCUGCUGGGAAAAUUCGGGCACGGAUACAAAUACGCGGCCGGAUUUUUGAACGAAGGCAGAAUCGGCAUCGGUGCGCAAAUGAUCGGCGCGGCACAGGGAUGCUUGGACGCGACCAUACCGUACACGUUGGACAGGAAACAAUUUGGGCAGGACAUCUUUUCUUUCCAAAGCUUGCAGCAUCAAAUAGCUCAGGCAGUAACGGAAUUGCAAUGCGCCAGAUUGCUCGUUUACAACGCGGCAAGAUUAGUGGAGGCUAAAAAGGACUUUAUGAAAGAAGCAGCUAUGGCGAAGUUCUUCGCGUCUGAAACCGCGUGUCGUAUCACUGCAAAGUGUAUAGACUUUAUGGGAGGCGUCGGCUUUACGACUGAUUUUCCUCAAGAAAAAUAUUAUAGGGAUGUAAAAAUCGGUACCAUUUACGAAGGUACAAGUAAUAUACAAUUAUCGACGAUUGCGAAAUGUAUUCGCAAGGAAUAUUCUUAAAUGGUAACAAGUCUAUGAUUGUUCCAAAAUUAGGUGUAUCAUUUAUUACCUAUCUUUAAAAAUAUUACGUAUAUAUAUAUAUAUAUAGGUAAAAGUUAUUUUUACGUUUUUAUAUUAUUUUUAAAGUUUUUUAAGUAGUCUUGUUUAAUAAAUACAUUUUUUAAUAUUUUUAUUAAAUUGCUAUUUAAAUAAUCUUUAAUGUAAAAUAUGUACGUAUCUAUGUGUGUGUGUGUGUACAAAUAAAAGAAAUUAGUACUUUGAAAAUAUUCAUUUCCUACUUAUACAAGAUACACAUCAUUAACGCAUUUUCGAAUACUUAAUAAUGUUUUUAAGGCUUGGUUGUCUAAUGGUGAUAUAAUUGAUUGUAUGACAUUAGGAGCAAGAAAUAAGAUAAUAAAUUAAUUACUACGUAUAAUUUUAUUUUGUAGUUUUCCUUUAAAAACAUAAUUCUGGAACCUGCAAAAUAUAUGACCAAUUAAAACAUCUGUUCGAAAUGUCACGUCAAAAUGUAAAAUAAUUUCUGAAAUAAUGGUACAUUUUUUAGUCGUUAACAAAAGCCGUAACUGAAAAAUAUACCAUUCAGAAAUUAUUUUACACUUUUACGUAACAUAUCGAAUAAAUGUCUCAGUUUUCCACAUAUUUUACAGGACUACGAAAUUAUUACGUAUUUUUAAGGAAAACUAAAAAUAAAGCUGCACGCUAACAAUCAAUUCAUUGCAUGUAAUUUCUCGCUUUUGACGUCAUGUAAUCAAAUAUAGUAUGCGAGAAAGCCGAACCUUAAUUCGUUUAUUUAUAAUACAUUACUACUAUUUAUAAUACAUACAUACCGUACUAAUCAGCGUUUUUACAGAUCAAUUUGAUUAAAUUAUGUAAACUAACAUAAAUUGAAAUGUUAAAAAUCUUAUUGAAUAUAAUAUUAAUUUGUUAAAAUAUGUAUAUCAGAAUGUACGCAAUAUGCAAUUAGUUCGCAAUAAUUGAAUUUAUUCUUCGAAAGAAUUGUUUUUAAAAAAUCAAUAAUAAAUGCAAUAAAAUACAUCAUUUUAUACAACCGGUUUUUUUACUCUUGCUUAUGGAAUAUUUUAAAUAUCUAAUGUAAAUAUUAAAUUUUAGUCUUACCUACACUAGAUAAUAUAGAUCUUAUACAUUUUUUAAACGUCUCUUUCUUUCUCUCUCUCAAUUGUUUUAU